AUGACUACUUUAUGUGAUGUGUGCCAAAAGAGUGAAUUUAAAUACAAAUGUCCUAAAUGUAUGAAAAAAACAUGCUCCCUUGCUUGUUCCAAAUCACACAAGACUACUGAUAAAUGUUCAGGUAAAAAUGAUACAGCUACUAAUUAUAUAUCUAGUGAAAUAAUAAAAGGUGCAGAUGAUGAAAAGCACGAAUCAAAUGUUAUUGUCCAAAGAGAUUAUAAUUAUUUAAUUGGAAUGAAAAGAGAAAUUGAAUUACAGAUAAAGGAUGGCAAGAAUAAGAAUAAAAGAGCUUUUCAAGGGAUAAAUAAAAAUGUAAUUUUUAAUAAGAAGAAUACCAUGAACAAAAAAUCCAAGCACGAUGCCACAGAUUCAAAUGCUGAUAGUAGGCCAUCUAUUCAAAAAUUGAUUCGAAGAGGUGUUAACUGUAUCAUGGUCCCCAAAGGUAUGCAAAGAUCUCUACAAAACAAAAGUAAAUGGGAAACAGCUCUUGGUUUAUUUGUGUGGUCAAUUGAAUGGGUAUUAUUUUCCUCCGAUCCUUCUACAGGCCCUUUCAAAUAUGUAAGCCAUAGAGUUAAAGAAACAGAUACCAUAUCCGAUGGAAUUGGGAAGAUUAUAUAUGAAAAAUUCGUGGAAUAUUAUGGUUUACCUAACGAGGAAACAAAGACUUUAAGAAAAGAAAAAAUUGUUGCCAGUAAAAUAAAAUUUUAUACUAAAUGGUUUCCUCAGAAUUCUACUCAGUUAGACUCCAAAACUUUGGUACCAAUCGACUUUAAAGACAAAUGUAUUGGUGAAUUAUUUAGAAAUAAAACUGUUAUUGAAUUCCCUACUAUAUUUAUUGUCAAGAAUAUACGAGAUAUACCGUCAGAAUAUACCGUAUUGGAAAAGGAACCCGUAGAAGUAAUUUCUAAACAAAAUUCUAAUCAUGACAUUCAAAACGAUACAAGAGAUGCUCACAUGCAAACAAAGUCUCAUAAUAGACAAAACAAAAUCAAUUUAGACGGCAAAGAUUCCAAAUAUAUCCAAUCCUCUAUACAGAGAUCCAAUAUACCUUUAAACCUAACAGUCUCAGCACCAAAAAAGCCUCAUUCUAAGGGAAACCUACUGAACUUAGAAGGGUAUUCUAGUAGUGACAGUGAGAGCGAUUCAGAAGACUCUAAGCCUGAAGAAGUUUCUUCACGCAACCCUUUCGACCAAUCCACUUUACCAUUAACUAUAAAUGUUAAUUCAGAGAAGACCCUUGAUAAUGAUAGUGAGAAUGAUGAUUACACUCCAGGUCUGUAA